GAUUGCAUUGAAGACCCUAUCAGUCCAUCUCACAAGUUUGUUCAAGCAAUACUAAGCUCUCUUCACAUUAACCCGAAAAAAUAUCAACAAUGCAGUCCUUCACCGCAGUUUCUUUCGUCGCUCUGUGCACCAUGAUCAUGGCUAUCAUGGCAUACCCACAGGAACCGGUGCUGGCGGACGAAGUCCAAUCCUAUGCUAAUUCGCUGUUUGACGAACUCCCGGAGGAAUCUUACACAGCUGCCGUAGAGAACUACCGACUCAAGCGAGCCACCUGUGAUCUGUUGAGCGGAUUCGGAGUAAACGACAGUGCGUGCGCUGCUCAUUGCAUUGCUCGCGGUAAUCGGGGAGGUUAUUGCAACUCCAAGAAGGUUUGCGUUUGCCGCAAUUGAAAAUAAAAAUGUGAUUUCAAAUAACUUCUGCUCAUUUAUGUUCCUAUUAAAAAUAAAGAAAUACACGAAUAAAAUUUAUUUAAAGUGAAA